UACUGUGAAAUGGCCACCACAACAAGUCUAGUUAACAUUCACCAUUGCACAUAGUUACAAUUUUUUUCUUGUGCUGAGAACUUUUAAGGUCUAUUUACUUUCUUAGCAACUUUCAGAUGUACAAUACAGUAUUACUAACUACAGUCACCGUGCAGUAUGUUACAUCCCCAGGACUUAUUUAUUUUAUACCUGGAAGUUUGUACCUUUUGACCACCUUCACACGUGGUAGGUGUUCAGUAAAUAUGUGCUUAAUGAAUUAAUAAAUAUAUUAAAUAAUGCACAGUAGUCUAGCUCUACAAUAACUCCACUAGGAGAUCUGAGCCGUGUAUGAAUACAGAUAUUAAGGUCUUAUGUUUAAAUCAAAUGAAGCAACUUAUUCCCUAAAUGUAUAGAAACUUGGAUUGAAAUGAUUAUAAUCCUGGCAGGCACCUCGGAAAUGACACUGAAAUGAAACUAAGAACUAGAAAGUUACUAAGUGGAAGCUGUGAAUAUGAUAUCAAAGUCAAGAACAUAAACGGUUUUUCUUUCUGCUUUCUGGUCAUUAUACUAUAUUUGGAAUAGUUAGGAAAAAACACACAACAAAGAAGCUAAUGUUCUAAAAGGCAGAGAUACUUGAAAGUCUUUGAACACCUCACCAGAAAUAAUUUAACCCAAUAAGAUUAAAAUUCCAGAUCAAAGGUAGCAAAAAUACAGAAAGGGAAGAAAGACAGUUGUAAGACCUCCCAUUCCCACACACGUUUACCACCACGCUAAUAAUUAGUAGACGUGGGGUUCCCAUAGCAAAUAAUUUCCAUUUCCACCACCUGUAAGAAAUAGCAUUCCAUCAAUGUUCUCAGAAACAUAGCUGGUCUCCAUCACUCAUGAUCUGAUUGGUCUAGGAACAGAUAAACAAUAGAGAAAAAAUAAUGAUCCACAAGGAUGAAUCUUUACCAUCAUAUAAUCAAUCAGCAAACAUGUAUUGACUACCUGCUACUAUUUGAAAUUCUAUCCAUGGUGUCAUAGGAAAAUCCAACAUUAUAUUCAAAAGCUUCACGUGAUUUAUGUAGUCAAGCAAACCUACAUUAAAUGGAUAUUAAGUCCCUCGCUGGAAUGUAAGCCAGGACCAUGACACCGGUUCACCUCUGUAUUUCAAGAUCCUUACACCUAGCUAGGGCUGCAAUAAUAUUUGUUGAAUGAAUAAAUGAAUAUCAAAAUAGAAGUAAAAAUACGGCAGUGGCUCCGUUUCUUGAGUGACCCAUGAGUCAUGAAUUCAAAACUGUUAGAACCUUUAAAAGGACUUUGGUCAGCAAGCUUUGUAGGGAAAAAACAGGCUACUGGACAUCCAAUCCAAAGACAAGGAUUCCCUACACUCAACCUCGUGGUCAAAUAUCAUCCAGUGUCUACCACUGACUGCUUUGCUGGCAGCGGCAACGAAUGUCUGUUAUUUUGGACUGUCCUGCAUGGACUCCCUCCUUGUUUGAAUACCGACAUCUCAAUUUGCCUUUCUCAGCCUUGAUUCACACAGUUUAGGUGGAGCCAAACCCUCUCCCCACCCAGCGAAGAUGGGCAAUUGGCUCAGGUCAGGCCAAGCCAAGGUUGCCUUCCACUUGACCACAGUGAUGGGUUUAGGGAUAUUAGGUGACUCAAGACAGGUCCACAAGACUCAAGGCCAGAUUCAUGCUGGGACUUCAGAGGGAAAAGCCUUGUCUUUUUACCAAACUCUAGACUUUAUUUAUUUAUCUUCGUUUCUGUGCGCCACUUUCUCAAGUUGCGGCGAGAGGGGGCUACUCUUCAUUGUGGUGCGCGGGCUUCUCAGUGCUGUGGCUUCUCUUGCUGCGGAGCAUGGGCUCUAGGCACGCGGGCUUCAGUAGCUGUGGCGCACAGGCUUAGUUGCUCUGCGGCAUGUGAGAUCUUCCCGGACCAGGGCUCGAACCCAUGUCCCCUGCACUGGCAGGCGGAUUCUUAACCACUGCGCCACCAGGGAAGUCCCAAACUCUAGACUUUUAGAUGUAGGUCUGAUGCUAGUCAGUUUAACCAUGUUAGCAGAGAGGUAGGCAACUCUAGAGGUGGAGAAAAUGUGUGUGUGUGUGUGUGUGUGUGUGUGUGUGUGUGUGUGUGUGUGUACGCACGCGCGCGCUCAUGCCUGGGUGUUCACACGCUUGGGCAUGGUGGGGGGAGAGGAGAAAGAGAGAGAGAGCGCGUGAGAGAGCACGCAAGCCACCAUUUAGUCACUUGGAUACAGCCGUGCCUGAAACUGGAUACACACCACCGAUAAAUUCCCAUAGUGCUUCAGCAAAUUUGAGUUGGUUUCCCGGGCUCUCUAGCAAAAUAACUUGAAUAAUACAACAACACAGAGCAAGCCUCAAACUAGUCUGCUUCUCAGUGGAACAUCCCACGGUGAAAGCAGUUGUCAAGAAAAAGGAAUACAGUAGACUGUUUAGUCCCAGGCCUUGAAAGUUUGUUGUUCUCUCCGGCUGGACUCGAGGCUUCUGUCGCAACCAUGCUUCUCCAGAUCAUCAUUCAGGCCAAGAGGCAUCCUAGCUUGAUCCCUAUCUUCAUAUUUACUGGAGUGGGAGGUACUGGAGCAGCGCUGUAUGUCUCGCACCUGGCGUUGUUCAAUCCAGAUGUCAGUUGGAACAGAAAGGAUAACCCAGAACCCUGGAACAAACUGGGUCCCAAUGAUCAGUACAAGUUCUAUUCAGUGAAUGUAGAUUACAGCAAACUGAAGAGAGAAGGUCCAGACUUCUAAAUGAAAUGUUUCACUAUAAAACUGCUUAGAAUGAAGUUCUUCCAGAAGCCACCUGCACAAUUUUCCACUUAACCAGGAAAUAUUUCCCCUCUAAAUGCACGAAAUCAUGUUGGUGUAUUGUGCUGGGGUUUACACUGAUUAAUAAAUAGUCUAAAACUUGAAAAAAGACCAAAGAAAAAGGACUACAAAUUUAUGGACAAGCAUGGAACUGGGAAAGUUACCUCCCCCCUCUGCGCCCAAGUUUCUGCAUCUGUGAAAUGGGGAUAAUAAUGAAACCUCCCUCGUGGCAUUAUUGUGAUUAAAUAAGUCAAUAAGAAAAGUGUUAUAUGAAAGUAUCCCAAAUGUUGGUACGAUUGGUACUAUUAUUAGUUAUUGUUACUAUUAUUGUUAUUUCCGUCUUAAAAAUGAUUAUAUCAAUGCUAGAG